AUGCUUUCCUUCCUUCUCUCCCAUUCAUGCUUUUUACUUGUAAGUCCUCCUUCACUUCUGUUUCUUACUUUUUCUUUCUUUCUUGUUAUCUUUCUUCUCUUUCUUAUCUAUAUUUUUUUCUUUCUUUCUUUCUUUCUUUCUUUCUUUAUUUCUUUCAUUUUAUCUCGCCUUUCUUUUUUCUUUCAUUUUACCUCGCUUUUCUUUUCUUUCUUUCUUUCAUUUUAUCUCUUUUUCUUUCCUUUCAUUCUUUCUUUCAUUUUAUCUCCCCUUUCUUUUUUCUUUCUUUCUUUCAUUUUAGCUCGCCUUUCUUUCUUUCUUUCUUUCUUCCUUUCUUUCAUUUUAUCUCACCUUUCUCGCCUUUCUUUCUUUCUUUCUUUCUUUCUUUCAUUUUUCACGUUUUCCUUUCUUUCUUUCUUUUUUUCUUUCUUUCUUUCAUUUUAUCACGUUUUCUUUUCAUUUUCUUUCUUUCUUUCUUUCUUUCUUUCAUUUUAUCAUGUUUUCCUUUCUUUUGUUUUCUUUCAUUUAAUCUCGCCUUUCGUUCUUUCUUUGAUUGGAUUUUUUGUCAAUCUUAAAUUUAAUAACCCGUCUUUUCUGUUUAUCCAUUUCAUUUUUUUAUACAGCCGCCAUUCUGCUUUCUUCCUCCCUUCUAUCCUUCCUUCCCUUCUUCCUUCCUUCGUUCCCUUCCUUCGUUCCCUUCCUCUCUCCCUUCCUUCCUUCCUUCAUUCCUUCCUUCCUUCCUUCCUUUAUUUUUAUCUCGUUUUACAUAACAAUAAAAUCUACUUUUCAAUUAUUCUAUCUAUCUAUCUAUCUAUCUAUCUAUCUAUCUAUCUAUCUCAGUCUCUUCAUAUCUAUCUAUCUAUCUAUCUAUCUAUCUAUCUAUCUAUCUAUCUAUCUAUCUAUCUUGUCGUCAGCGCGUCGGGUAUAACACACGCGACCCGUACGCCGGAGGCACGCGUUAACAGCGACAACGCCACACCACGAUGUAACGAAGUUUCAUUCGAGUCUACCUGUUUCAGUCUUUUCUAUCAAAGAAUCCCUUCGGCAGAGGCUCACUCCCUCUUUCCUCACUCUCUCUCUCUCUCUCUCUCUCUCUCUCUCUCUCUUUCUUCUGCUACUUGA